AUGGGCCUCCAGCUGGUGUUAACCUCCAGGACUCCACUUGAUGUCGUGACGCCAUCGCCGACUCACUCUGGUUUUACCGCCAAAUUUAAAUUCAUCACAAACCUGGGGAUAGAAGGUGGGCAGCAGCCAAUCCCUGGGAUCUGCAAGUUUGUGUACAACAGCAGCUACACUAGUAAUGGUACUCUCUAUUCUCCCAACCCUGGAGGAUACUACCCCCAGGACACCACCUGUACCUACCUCUUUUAUGGCCGUCCUGGUGAAGCAGUCCGACUUAUUUUCAAGUACUUCGACGUGGAAGGUGUCAUGCCGUGCAAUGAGGCAACAGAGAGCGACUCCCUCGAGUUUUCGAACUUCCCAAGCGCUGACCGUAAGAUUCCUUCCUUCUGCGGAAGUGUUGCCCCCACAGUUAUCCAGAGCGAUGGUGCCUUCUUCAGGCUCGUCUUCAAGAGUAACAGCAAGUUUAGUGGGACAGGGUUUACUGCCGACUACCAAUUUCUGGACAUGUCAUACCAACCAUACACUAUCAAGAAAGUAAUUAUGUCUGCAGAAACAGUAGUAGGCUCAUGUCAGCUUGGACACUUGUGA